AUAGUAAAAUUAAUAACAUAACAAUAAUUAAUAAUUAUUAAUAUUUUAUUCAUGAAGAGUGAAGGCUAGAAUCAUUGUUAAUAUAAAUAUUGUUAUAUUAUUGUUCUAUGGUUCUAUGCUAGAAUCAAUCCAUAUUGACUAGAUUAGAAUUUAUUACCUGCUGUCCUGUCCUAUCAACUUACAAAGCUACAACCGUUCAUAGACCUUGAUUAUAUACCAUAUUAUUAUAAAAGUAGAUUUAUAUAUAUAUAUAUAUAUUCUAUGGUUAGAAACUUAAAACUAACUGUUCUGCAUAGCUGCAUAAUAUUGUUAUUAUUUGUAUUAUUAAAUUUGAGUAAAUUCUGAAAUUUCGAUCUGACGGUUCACAUAUUACAUUUUAAAUUUAUACGUUUCCGAUUCUUUGUCCUUAUUAAUUAUUUUUUGUUCAUUACGGAUACCCAACCACCGAACGUGUAAUGGCCGACAACACUAGUGAAUUGGACGAAACUCCGAGCAUCGAGUGCUUUCAGAACUACACCGCGCCCGAGGUGUUCAUACAGGGCAUCGCUGGCAUCGUAAACCAGGAAGAUGUCGAGUCCAUGAUCAUUGCCCAAAAAGAAAUGUUGCAGCGUUUUGAAAAGACCAAUGAAAUGCUCACCAACUGCAAUUCGUUGUCCAUGAGUCACCUGAAAACCACAAGUCAGGAUCUAAAGAAACACACGCAAAUGUUGGCAGAGUUACGCAAAGACUUGGACAGUACAUUUAAGAGGAUAGCCACUAUUAGGUCCAAGAUUAAAGUCCAACAUCCAGACUUACAGAAAAGUAUUUUAGAAGAAAAGCAAAAAGAGCUGGAACAAAAGACUGUAGAUAGUUCAUCUAGCGGUAGCGCAAGUACUGCUUCUCCAUAUAAUUCUGACACAAAUUAAAAUACAUUUUUUAUUCCAUCAAAAAUGUGUAUGUCAUGAUCUCAAUAAAUUUACCAUAACAAUUUUAAUGUAUCCAGUAUCAUUGUAUAUAAUAUAUUAUGCUCAUUAUUUAUUUAAAAUAUGAAACAUAUUUUGUUAAAUGUAUGGUCUUCGUUCAAAAUAAAAUGUUCAUUGUAUGUAUAUCACUGAAGUAGGUACAUAAUCUUAAGUCUAAAAAUGUGUAAUUUGUAUAACAUGGAUAAUUAUUAAUAAUUAAUACUGUCAUCUACGAGAAUCAAGUAUUUUAAUUUAAUUAUUAAUUUUGAUACCUAUAUAUUUAUUAUAUUAUAGUUUAAAAUGUAAAAUUUAACAAUUUUAAUCUUUUUUUGAAAAAUUUUAAUGUGUAAAUUUAAAAUGUAUCAUUCAACACCACGGAUAUCUAAUGAGUAGUGACUUAUACAUAACCGUGGUAUUGAAUAAAUAUAAUAUUCUUCUACAAAUUUGAUCGGCCCUUAACUUCUCUUAUUUCAAACUUUAAUAUAUAUGCAUGUACAAAAAAUUAUUUGAUAUUUUUAUUAUAUUUAUAUUUUACCUUCAUUGUAGCUUGAUUAACUGAUGUACAUAUCAAUUUUUUUUCGGUAACCUAUACAAUUUAUAAUAUAUACAUGUAAAAUUUACACCAUUGUAAUUGGGCCACUGGUCGUAAGAUAUUUAAAAUAUAUUUAAGGUUAUGUAAUACCCCUAAAUAAUUUAUAUUAUGUAUUUGCAAAAUGUUUGACAAGUACUUCAAGUUUUAUAAAUACAUUUUAGUUAAAAUAUACAAAUUAACUGAGUAAAUAUUUUAGUAAGUUAAAUGAAUAACAAACAUUAUGUCAUAGUGUAUACUCUAGUAAAUUAUUUAAGUAUUUUUUAAUUAAACUAUUUUUCAAAACA